AUGCAGGCCAAACCGCACCAUAUUACACCACCCAAAAUUCCGCCACCAGUAAGGCUACCACCACUACGCAGCAUUUCAUUGCCGGCCAAUGUUCCACAAGCAGUCUCGAUUAUUAUCCCGAGUUCUCAAGUUUCAAUCCCCGAAGUAGAUGAUUCGGUCGCCGCCUUCUGGGACUACCAAUUUCUGUUUGUGUCUCAAAGAUCAGAAACGAUUGAGCCAGUUACCCUUAGGGUCAUUGAUGGCGCAAUACCAGAGGACUUCCCGGCCGGAACAUAUUAUCUCACCGGACCGGGACUCUUCUCCGAUGACCAUGGCUCAACUGUGCACCCUCUUGAUGGUCAUGGCUAUCUUAGGGCAUUUACAAUUGAUGGUGCCAAAGGAAAGGUCAAGUUCAUGGCUAGGUACAUAAAGACUGAGGCUCAGGUGGAGGAACAUGAUCCGAUGACCGGCCGGUGGCUGUUCACCCACCGGGGACCGUUUUCUGUUCUAAAAGGUGGUAAAAAGGUGGGAAACACUAAGGUGAUGAAAAAUGUUGCAAACACUAGUGUAUUAAGGUGGAAUGAUAGGCUGUUUUGCUUGUGGGAAGGUGGAGACCCUUAUGAGAUUGAAUCUACAACUUUGGAAACCAUUGGGAGGUCUGAUAUAAUCGAAGAUGAUGAUCGGAAAUCGUCGCCGGAGGACGGAAGAGGUGUUGAAGCCAUUAUUGUAUGGUACGUGUAUCCUUCAACUUCAAACAUUAAGACUCAGUAA